CCCCACCCUCCAUUAUAUAAUCCAUUCUCUCUCUCUCUCUCUCUCCCCUCUCAAUCCCCAAUCCCCAAUCUCUCCUUCCUCUCUCUCUCUCUCUCUCUCUCUCUCUCUCUCUCUCUCUCUCUUGUUGUGAAUUUGUGAUACUCGGUCGCAAUUCCCAUCCAACUACUAGUUUUGCUCCGUGUUCGUCGUCGAAUUCUCCGUUCAAGAAUCGAAACCAAAGCCGAGAAAUCCAAUCAAAUUUAGAUUCAAAUUCGAUGCGCCGCGGUCCGGCCCCCGAUCCCCGGGCCGGCCCCCGCGCCGGCGGCGGCGGAGGCGGAGGCGGAGGCGGCAGCCCCCGAGAUUCCCCGCACCACCACCGGCGCCGGGCCCGGCCCGACCUGACCCUCCCCCUCCCGCAGCGCGACCUCUCGUCGCUGGCCGUGCCGCUCCCCCUCCCGCCCCCGCCCCCCUUCUCGGCCCCCGCGUCCUCCGUCACGGCGCCGUCCUUGUUCUCGGCGGGGACGGGGACGGGGACGCCGACGCCGCCGCCGCCGCCGCCGCUGGGGGAGGUGGAGCGGGUGCGGCGCAUCGGGAGCGGGAACGGGGGGACGGUGUGGCUGGUGCGGCACCGGCCGACGGGGCAGGAGUACGCGCUGAAGGUGAUAUACGGGAACCACGAGGAGGCGGUGCGGCGGCAGAUCUGCCGGGAGGUGGAGAUCCUGCGGCGGGCGGACCACCCGCACGUGGUGCGGUGCCUGGGGCUGUACGACCACGCGGGCGAGAUCCAGGUGCUGCUGGAGUACAUGUCCGGCGGCAGCCUGGAGUCGCGGCGCGUGGGGUCGGAGCAGCAGCUGUCGUCGCUGGCGGCGCAGGUGCUGCGCGGGCUGGCCUACCUCCACCGCCUGCGCAUCGUCCACCGCGACAUCAAGCCCUCCAACCUCCUCACCGACGCCGCCCGCCGCGUCGUCAAGAUCGCCGACUUCGGGGUGUCGCGCAUCCUCGCCCAGACCAUGGACCCCUGCAACUCCUCCGUCGGCACCAUCGCCUACAUGAGCCCCGAGCGCAUCAACACCGACCUCUCCCGCGGCGGCGCCUACGACGGCUACGCCGGCGACAUCUGGAGCUUCGGCGUCAGCGUCCUCGAGUUCUACCUCGGCCGCUUCCCCUUCGGCGACCGCCUCGGCCGCCACGGCGACUGGGCCGCCCUCAUGUGCGCCAUCUGCUACAACGAACCCCCCCAGGCGCCCCCCGCCGCCUCCCCCGAGUUCCGCGCCUUCGUCGNAAGUUCAGUUGGUGAUCUCAAGUUAGCGUAG